CCGUGCCCGACGCGCCCCCGACCCGCGGUCCUAGGGUUCCGCCAACGGGCGCCCGAAGCCGCCUGAACCCUGGGGUAUGGCUGUUGCGGGGUCUUUGAAAGCGGCCUUGCAGGUGGCGGAGGUGCUGGAAACCAUCGUGAGCGGGUCCUUGGGGCCCGACGGGCGUCAGGUCUUGUGUACGAAGCCCACCGGCGAGGUGCUGCUCAGUCGAGAUGGAGGCCGCCUCUUGGGGGCGCUACAUUUAGAGCAUCCCAUAGCGAGGAUGAUAGUGGCAUGUGUUUCCAGUCAUCUACGAAAAACAGGAGAUGGUGCUAAAACAUACAUUAUCUUUCUCUGCCAUUUGCUCAGAGGACUUCAUGCAGUCACAGACAAAGAGAAGGAUUCUUUGAUUUCCAAAAAUAUUCAAACCCAUGGAAGAUAUUGGAAAAAUUGUUGUCAGUGGAAACUCAUUUCCCAAGCUUUUCUAACCUUUCAGACACAAAUAUUAGAUUGCAUUAUGGACCAGUACUUAAGUAAACACUUUUUGUCUGUUUUUCCUUCAUCCACUAAAGAGAAAACAUUGUGUAGGAGCUCUUUAAACUUGCUCUUAGAUGCAUACUUUUGUGGAAGAGUAGGAAGAAAUAAUCAAAACUUUAUUUCACAAUUGAUGAGUGACUACUUUUUCAAGUGUAUGGCUUGUGAGAGGGGGUUUGAAGAAGUAUUUGAGUUAGUGGAUGACUGUUUUGUAGAGUUGAACAUUGGUGUUACUGGCCUUCCUGUUUCAGAUUCCAGGAUCAUAGACGGACUUGUGCUUCACAGAGAUUUUUCUGUGUACUGUCCAGCAGAUGGUGAAAUGAGCCUAGUGAUAGUAACAGAUACCAUUCAACCUCUUUUUUCAUCUUCUGGAUCAGAAUUUAUUCUAAAUUCAGAAGCUCAGUUUCAGACAUCUCAAUUGUGGAUUACAGAAAGGACAAAAGCAAUAAUGAAACAUUUACAGAAGCAGAAUAUAAAAUUGCUCCUAUCUAGUGUGAAACAACCAGACUUAGUUAUUUAUUAUGCAGGAUUGAAUGGCAUAUCAGUGGUGGAAUGUUUAUCGGCUGAAGAAAUUUCUCUAAUCCAAAGGAUCAUUGGUCUUUCUCCCUUUAUAUCACCACAGACCUCUUUACAGUCUGAAAUCUCUAACUGUGCGUUGGUGAAAUUUUGUAAGCCCCUUGUCCUUCGAUCUAAAAGGUAUGUUCAUCUUGGUCUGAUUAGCACAUGUUCAUUUAUACCACACUGUGUAGUUCUUUGUGGACUAGUGCAGGGUCUUGUUGAACAACAUAAGGAUGCUUUACAUGGAGCUUUUAAAAUGCUUCGGCAGUUAUUUAAAGGCCUUGAUCUAAACUAUGUGACACCAGCUGGUGACCAAAAUUAUAUAUCAGGUCCUUUUACUUAUAAGGAUAGUAGAAAAAGUGAUCAACUACUAGAAACGUUUAAUGACUUGGUACAAAGGCCAGAUCAAGGUGUGAUUGUAAAGAACAAAAAUGAACAGGCAAAAAUGGAAACAUAUUUAAAAGUAUAUUCAGAUUUGGUAGUUCCAAGCAUAGAAUUAAAAACAUACACUCCUUGUUCAACCCCAAAAGUGAUAUCAACAGAUACUCACCAGACUGAUGAAAAAGUGAGGUGUUUCUCUCAAAAAAAAACCAGGGUAAUUGAUGACCCUGAACCAGUUGAGAGUAAUUCUCUUGCUAGUUCAACAACAGAAGGCACUAGAAUUGAAAUUUCUUAUGAAAAUUUGAAGGUCACAGAAACUGCUAUCAAGGGGAGCAUGUUACCAGUGAGAGAUGAGUCACUGGAUACGUGUUCUUUCCAGAGUUACUGCUUCUCUUCUAUACCGGCAGGUUGUGUUUUGCCAGUGGGUGGUAAUUUUGAGAUCUUGUUACAUUACUAUCUUGCCAACUAUGCCAAAAGCUGCCAGCAAUCAGAAGAAACCAUGGUUGUUAGUAUGAUGAUAGCUAAUGCACUCUUAAGCAUUCCCAGAAUCCUCUACAAGUCUAAGAAAGGAAAUAACAGCUUUCCACAAAUAUAUGUCAGAGCUGUCCAUGCACUGCAAACCAAUCAACCCAUGGUCAGCAAUCACACAGGUUUGGAAUCAGUAGCUGGUAAAUACCAGUUAUUAACCUCAGUUAUUCAGUGUUUGACAAAAAUUUUAACCAUUGAUCUGGUAAUCAAUAUUAAGAGACAACCUCAGAAAAUUUAUGAUCAAGAUUCAGAAGAUGAACUCUAAAAUUGGAAGUUUUUUUUAACCAGAGUUUUAAUCCUACUCAAAUGAUAAAGUAAAACAGACAUGUUACCACUGAUUCUCAAGUCAGUUGAUUUUUCUUCCUUGUCACUCCUUGCUUAUAUCCAUUUCAUGCAGAAAAGCCUGGCUAGAUUUUCACCAGCCCAUAUAUCACUGAAUAUAUUGUCCAAAACAUAAUUUUCUGCAUUGUGAACUUACUACCAUUCUAAAAAUUAGUUCCAGAUUAUGAAAUUUAAAUUUCAACUUUCUCCUGUCUCCUGAGCUUAUGAAAAUAAUUGCUGUAUAUGCUGGGUUUUAUUUUAUUUGUUGCAUAGCCAGAAUUUAAUGGUAAAUAAUUUUUUUCUUAUUCGCAAUAUAGGUUUUCAAGGAUUUAUAUUUUAUUUUAAAGGUUUAUAAAUUGCAACUAAUACUGAGUAUCUAACUGUAGAUAAAGACAGUAUCUUCUACUUUUUUAGUGGUUCUCUGUAACACCCAAUACUGAGCUGUUUAUACCACGUAUUCAGAAGCGUUUGUUGAAUGAAGCUGUAUCUUUAAUCCAUUCUCUUAAAUAUUUAUUUCCAGCUUACUAUUUAAAUAUUCUUACUUAGUGCACACUGUGUGGCAGAUACUGAAUAUUCUUACUUAGUGCACACUGUGGCCACUGUGUGGCCAACAAGUUGAUGGUUCCUGCCUUCAAGUACCUUUCCUUGAAACGGAUGGAUGUUACUACUUGAGUUGCAGUCAAAUUUAGAAGAACUGUUUAAAAUAAUUAUAGUUAUACUUGAAAAAGUAAUGACUAAUGUACUUAAAAAACUAACAUCUAUCAUGCAGUAUCUCCUGAUCUUUUCAUUAAAUAUAAUUUCAUUUUUAUAAGAUUUAUGCAUAUGGUAACACUUUGUGAACAUGGAGAGACUAUGUUAUGCUACAUUGAAUUCGUGGAUGAAUGGACAUACUGUAAAAUUACUGUGUAAUAUUUUCCAUCCACUUUUUAAAAAAUUUAGGUCAUUUGAUUUUUGCUUUGUGUUGUUUUAAAUACUCUUCCAUCAUUGAAGUCAUUGAAAGAUUCUUCCACAGAGGCCCUGUAUUUUGCAUAUGUAGGUGUUUUAUAGUGAUAGUCACUAUUUCAGGAGCUCCUUUGUAAGCUGGGACUGUGUUUUUAUAUGGUUGGUACCUUGUCUAAUAUGUGAUACAAUGAAAGGGCCAAUGAAUGUCUUUUGAAGAACUAUUUACUUUUAAUUAGAAAAAAACUUUAAAAUGGUGAAACAUUUUUAAUCCUUAUCACUAGCAUAAUUGCUCUAUCACUGAGUUAGAUAAAAGAACACUUUAAAAAUGCAAUUAUGUAGUAUUUAAACUCUUAUCUACAUGGGAUUUGAGGUGACCUGCAAAAAGAACAAAUCACAGUAAAAAUUCUGAAUAAAAAUUGAAGACCAAGGAAAAUGUAAAGUCACAGAGAAAACCAUGCUUUGUAGUCCUGCAUAAUGAAACUUACUAAAUUUGAAUUCUAUAUUAUUAUAUCUUAUGGUUCUGGAGUUCCCUGGAUUUAGCCGACAACUUCCACUGUAUUCUGUUGGCUAAGACAAUAAUAAAGGUCAACUGAAGUGCAAAGUGAGGGAACACUGUCCCUACCACUCAACAGAAAGAAUGCCAUUGUCACAUUAUAAGAAGACUGUGGGCUGAGAUAUCUUUGGAAAAUACAAUCUGCUACACCAUGGAAGAAAAAAAAGGACAAAUAUGCAUUAACAUCUCGGCUGAGUUUUUUAUUUUCUGAAAUUGCAAGUCAAAUGCACUUUUCCCGAUAAUUUUUAUGAAUCAAUCUCUGUAUUUGUUCACCCUAUGCCAGCACAUCAUUUUUAUCUCACUUUAAAUAGUUGAACUGCUUUAGUCUUGGGAACCAUUCAUGUUAUACUGGAGAUGUUAUGGUAUCCAUGUUUCUGCUAAAAGGCAGAAAAGGGGUGUGAUUUGAGCCUGAACUUUUUUUCUGAUUUUAUGCAGUUUGAAUUAACUUUGGUGUGUGGAGUUAAAUAAUGAUCUAGUUUCAUGUUAUUGCAUGUGGCUGUCCAAGUUUCUCAACACUUUGUUAAAGAGGCUUUUCUUUCUCCAUUUUAUGGUCAUGACUUCUUUGUCAAAGAUUUGCUGUCCAGAUUGUGUGGGUUUAUAGAUGAGGUCUCUGUUCCAUUGGUCUGUGUUUCUCUUGUUCCCCCAAUACCGUACUAUUUUAAUUACUAUUGCUGGGUAGUGUAGUUUGAAGUCAGGGAUUGUGGUAACUCCAUAUUUCUUUUCUCUUGGGAUUACUUUGGCUAUUCAGUAACUUUUGUAGGUCCAUACAACUGUUACAAUUAUUUGUUUUAUUUCCUUGAAAAAUGUCACUGGAAUUUUGAGAGGUAUUGCAUUGGAUCUGUAAAUUGGCUUUAACUGUUAAUUCUUUCAGUCCAGGAACAUGGGAUAUUUUUCCAUUUCUUUGUGUCAUAUUUCCUUUGAUAGUGUCAUAAUUUUCACUGUAUAGAUCCUUCACCUCCUUAGUUAUGUUUAACCAGGUCUUUCAUACUUUUUGGUGCAAUUGUGAAUGGGAUUUUCUUCUUAAUUUCUAUUGGCAUCUUGGUCCAUUUUCUACAACAGCUGAGUUCUUGAGAAUUCCAAUAUAAAUAUUGAUGAAAAUGAAACAGACAGUAUUCCAUUAUAUAAACAUAUAAUGGUUUAUGCAUUGUAAAAACAAAUGGGAAGAAAUAGCAUACAACUGCACACAAUGCUGUGGAUGAAUCUCUCAAACCAAAAUAAAUCAGUUCCAAAACUGCAAACUCUAUGAUUCCAUUUAUAUAAAGUAGAAAGCCUGGCAAAAAUUAGUCAAUGCAAUUGCAAGUCAUCAUAGCAAUUGCCUCAGAGUGACUAGGGGCGCUAAAAACUGAAAGACACCUUGAUAUGAAUUUUUAUGCAUGAAUUAUGCCCUUUUUCUUGAUCUCGGAGUUGCUUACAUAUUACACUUCCAUAAAAAUUUCAAUUAAAAAUAAUUAUGUGGAUCAAUUAUAGGAAAUAUGUGCCCUAAAAUAAAAAGAUUAGGACUUUAGCCCACACUUUCAACAUGAUCACGGACUUCUCUAAUAGGUAAUAGAUACCCACUGUCACAGCACUGUCCUGUCUAAGAAACUCUUUUUCCCCCCUCCUUUACACAGGGGCUUUAGGAGGUAAAGUUCAGAAAGGGCUUAAGGAGCGGAGAAACAAAUCAAGCUUAGCAGUCAAGGAGGGGUCAUGUAUUAGAGUGCUGUCCCCUCAUCCUCUCUUUACAAGGUUUGGAAUUUUACGUAAUUCCAGCUGCUUAAAAAUUGACACAAACAUUGCUAUGUGCAAAUGUUUAGGCAAAGGAUUUCUCUAUGAGCAAAUUUAACACAAUUUUAUGCAAAUUUCUUUGCCAGAAGCUCUGGGGAAUAAAAAGACAGUGCUUGACUUCAAUAAGCUGCUGGCUGUAAGCGAGAUAGCCCCAUACCAUGAAAAGUAUGUAAGGUUGAAUGGGGACAUACUGAUUUAAUGCAGCUAGGGCACAUGAGAUAAACUUACUGUGUUUGAUGAAAUUCAGGGAGAGCUUAUCAAGAAGAUAAACUUGAAGUGGAAUUUGAAAGAAGGAAUUUAAAGGAAUCAGGUAGAUUUAGUAAUGUUAGGAGAAAUUUCAGGAGAGAGAUUAAUAGUGCAUUCACAGAUUUGAAGGGAUCAACACAUGAGGGGGCUUUAAUUGAAAUUGCCUUGUGUCUCAGUCUCAGAAGACAUAGAGAAUCAAUGCAGCAUUAAAAGUAAUUCAUAUCUCUACUGGAAUCUUUCAAAGGCUGUGCACAAGGAUCUAUCCAG